AACCCUAUACUCAACACGUGUUUUCAACCUUCUUCCAUUUUCCUCAGCGCCGCGUGCACAUUGCAAACAUUGCGCGUUGAGUUAUAAUAAAUUAAAUAAAAAUGGCCGAUGCUGACGUACGAAAAGAGAAGCGAAAGAAGAAGAUCAAGGAAGAGCCAGUCGAUGCCGACGACAUUGGCACGCUACAAAAGCAGGGUAAUUUUCAAAUAAAACCCUCGUCGAAGAUAGCCGAGCUAGACACAUCGCAAUGGCCGCUGCUUCUGAAGAACUUCGACAAACUAAAUAUUCGGUCAAAUCACUACACGCCACUGGCACAUGGCUCGUCGCCCCUCAACCGCGACAUCAAAGAGUACAUGAAGACGGGUUUCAUCAAUCUUGACAAACCUUCCAAUCCCAGUUCCCACGAGGUGGUGGCCUGGAUUAAGAAGAUUCUCAAGGUAGAAAAGACGGGACAUUCGGGCACUUUGGAUCCGAAGGUUACAGGUUGCCUGAUUGUCUGUAUCGACCGCGCCACGCGUCUGGUCAAGUCGCAGCAGAGUGCCGGCAAGGAGUAUGUGGCUAUUUUCAAGCUUCAUGGUGCCGUUGAAUCGGUGGCCAAAGUUCGUCAAGGCUUGGAGAAGCUGCGCGGUGCUCUUUUCCAGCGUCCCCCGCUAAUCUCGGCCGUCAAGCGUCAGCUCCGAGUGCGUACAGUGUACGACAGCAAAUUGUUGGACUACGACGAGAGUCGCAAUAUGGGUGUUUUUUGGGUUAGUUGCGAGGCCGGCUCUUACAUCCGAACGAUGUGCGUCCAUCUGGGUCUAGUCCUGGGCGUCGGUGGUCAAAUGUUGGAACUGCGUCGAGUGCGUUCAGGCAUUCAGUCGGAAGGCGACGGCAUGGUAACCAUGCAUGACGUCCUCGAUGCCAUGUGGCUGUACGAGAACCACAAGGACGAGACCAUGCUGCGUCGUGUGAUAAAACCGUUGGAGGGUCUGCUCAUCAACCACAAGCGUAUCAUCAUGAAGGACAGUUCGGUAAAUGCUGUGUGCUAUGGCGCUAAGAUUAUGUUGCCUGGUGUUCUGCGCUAUGAGGAUGGCAUUGAGAUCGAUCAGGAAAUUGUCAUAUGCACGACGAAGGGUGAGGCUGUUUGUCUGGCCAUUGCUCUGAUGACCACGGCCACCAUGUCGUCGUGUGAUCAUGGUGUUGUGGCCAAGAUUAAGCGUGUGAUAAUGGAGCGCGACACAUAUCCACGCAAGUGGGGAUUGGGUCCCAAGGCUUCCGCGAAGAAGGCGCUCAUCGCUGCCGGCAAGCUGGACAAGUUUGGCAGGCCCAAUGAGAACACACCUAAAGAGUGGCUGACCGGCUUUGUCGACUACAACUCCAAGAAGCCAGCGGCGGCAGUAGCCCCACAGACACCAGUCAAAGGCACCCCCUCCAAUGGCUCGGACGAACCGUCCAAGCGUAAACUGAGCACCUCCAGUGUCGAGGAGACGGCACCGGCCACCGGAGCUGAAGAUUCUUCUGCCAAAUCUGACAAAAAGAAGAAGAAGAAGAAGCACAAGGGCGAGGAAGAGGCUCCAGAGGAGCAAGAGGCAGCGGCUGAUGUUGAGCCAGUAGAAAAGGAGAAGAAAAAGAAGAAGAAGAAGGAUAAGGAUAGGGAAAAAGAAGAAUAGGAUGUUAUGUUCCUAUAGGAUUAGGUUUUCUCCAGAUCUCUACGAUUUUUUGUAGAGCUCUAACUAUUAUUUUCAACAAAUUUUCCUAGUGUUUAAGCUUAAAGAUGAGUCUAUCAAUAUAAAAAAAGUGUUUUUAUGUAUAGAAAUUCAAGCCAAUUUCGAAUGCAUUUAGUUGACAUUCGCAAUGCAAUAAAUUUUAUAUAUUUUAUUGUA